AAGGAAAGAUCAUGGGGAUUGAAAAUUUUACAAUCACGUUGGAUAAUCCUUCUGGAGUGUUUUAUGCUGGCCAAGUGGUUUCAGGUAGAAUACAAUUUGUAACUACAAAGCCCUAUGAGUCAGAUGGAGCAUUUGUUAAGUUCGUGGGGAUGGCCGAAGUUCACUGGACUGAAAAGCAUACUGAAAAGACAGGGGGUCAUGGAAACCACGGUAGACACCACUCUGGAAAUAGGAAUAGACAUGGUGCUUCUCAUUCAGGAACCAAGACAGUUACUGUACACUAUAGAAGCCAUGAAAAGUAUCUUGAUAAUAAGAUUUGCCUGUACAGUCCACCUGGAAAACAGCUGCAGCCUUACAACUACGCAUUUCCAUUUUCCUUGCAACUCCCUCUCACACUUCCAAGCUCUUUCAUAGGAACAGUUGGCAAGAUUACAUAUCUUGUAAGAGCUAACGUUCAUCGAAGUGGAAUGCACAUGGCAACAAAGGUCACUAUGCCAUUUUCUGUUGUUGGCAUUAAGGAUCUUAAUUAUCUUCCCCAUCUUCAACAACCUCUGUCUUUAGAGAAACAGAAGACAUUUGGAAUGCUCUUCUGGAAAUCUAAACCACUUACUGCCCAAAUCACCAUAAACAAGCAAGCAUUUGUCUCUGGAGAAAAUAUCCUUCUGUCAGGGUUAAUCAAAAAUGAAAGUGAUACUAAAAUCAAAAACUGUGAGCUGAAGCUCAUAAGAAUAGUGAAGUACCAAGCUCAAGGGAAAACCAGAAGUGAUAAGAAAAUAGUCUACAAGUGUGAUCAACCAGGUAUCGAGAAAGAAUCCGAGGCAAAAUGGCAAAAUGUUCCUGUUUUUGUGCCUGCUUUACCUCCAUCUGGUCUUGAUGGAUGUAGCUUCAUUCACACAGAAUAUUUCUUAGAAGUCCGUAUCGUUCCACCUGGCGUGGCUUUUGCACUUGAACAAAUGUUCAACAUUACCAUAGGUACCAUUCCAUCUCGUCAGCAGUAUGCUCCUCCUCCACUUGCAGGAACUCCUGCUGGAGCAGGUUAUGCAGCUGCACCUGGUGGUUCUGGUGGACCUAUGGGAGCUGGUUAUGCUCCUCCGCCACUUCCGAGUGGGUUUCAAGCUGGACCACCUGGACCACCUGGACCACCUGCUCCAUACCCCCAGGCUGGCCCUCUUCCAGAAAAAGGUCCUGUUCCUUCUGCUCCUUAUACUGACCCUUCUGCACCACCUUCUGCUCCUGUACCACCACCUUAUGGAGAUAUACAACCAACUUAUGGUGCAUAUCUUGGAGACUCCAACGAGCCACCAGCUUAUGAUGAUCUGUUCAAAGGGGGUGAUGAUAAUGAAGAGCACGAUGACACUUCAAGGAAUUACCAGCCACAAUACCCAUCAUUUAAGAUACUUCCUAUAUAUUAAGUUAUAAAGAAUGCAGUGUACUCUCUGAACUGGUGAUAGUAAAUCAUGAAUCAUCUCUUACAGUUGUGGCCCUCUCCAAAAACGGCAUUAUUUUGUAUAUUCAAGUUUACUGAUUUGUAUAUAUCUUUUUGGACAAAAUGUUCUACUAAAGUAAAUGACCCUGGUCAUUAGAAACACCCCUAAAAGUUCGUUUUUUGACAAAAAAUGUAAAACUUAUGUAAUUUCAUUUCUGUUUUAGUUACGCAUUUGAUUUUUGGUCUGCGUAUAGAAAAUCAAUACGGCUUUAAAAUGAGAUGUUCGGCGACCUCCUAUCUCACUCAAUUAUAAGUUCUGCAAAUACAAAUAGCUGUGAUACAACCGAUCUAUCCAACUAUAAGUUCCAUGUUUGUCGUUGUAUCCUUUUGUAGCUAUUGGAUGUAUGAGCUAGUAAAAUUAAUAUUUCAGCUAAAAUAGGCUCGCAAGUGUUUAUAGUAUAUUAUAUAUAAAAAAAAUUAUAAUUAUAAUUUUGUAAAACAAUUUUAUUUCAAGAUUUAUUUCAAGAUUUAGUUUGAAUAUUUGAAAAUAAUCUGUACCAGAUAAUCAUGUCAUUUAGAUCUCACAAGCAUACUGCUUAUUUUAUUACUCAAAAAAGAAAUUGCAGCUGUGUUAAAAUAUAUAUAAUGACUUGUUUAGUGUUAUUAGAUAAUCAAUGUAUUACGUUAGUAAUUUGAUUUAAGCGUUUUGAAGCAUAUUUACUGUAGUUUAUGAUUAAAGGUUUUUACAUUUGAUUCUAAUUCUAAUUAAUUCUAAUUUGAUUCUAAUUCUAAUUAAUUCCAAUAUUUUGUUAACCUAAUAGUGUUUUUUUGAUUUUAAGAACUUUGUAUUUGUUUGAUUUUAAGAACCUAUUUUAAUAACUGUAUAAUAUAUUGUGAUGAUUUAAUCUAGUCUCUGAUUAUGAAUUUGGAUAUUGCAUCAGCUGUAUGAAUAAUUGUUAGUUACAUGAAUACGUGUAAUAUGAUGAUAUUAAUGUACCUUUAUGAUUUAAGGUUUCUAUUAACUAAGUGUCCCAUUGAGAUAAUUCUUUCUGAUAGAUUUUACUGUCUGAAUCUCUCUGAAAAUAGAGUGUCUAGCAUGUUUGCAAAGAACAAGAUAAGCAAUUUAAAAU